ACGGUGUAAUAUGUAUUAUAUGUUAAUGAAGUGAAAAAACAAUAUAAAAAAGAAGGAAAAUAGUAAUGUUGAUAUAAAAUUGUUAGAUAUAUAUUCUCUAGCAAGUUCCACACUUUCCACUAUUUCUCAAAAGUCAUUCUGAAUAUACAGAAAACCCCAUAGGAGCAACAUUUUCCCUAAACUCCAGCCACGAAUUUGAUACAAAGCCAAGUUUCAAUGCAAGAAAUUCAUUCCAUCGGUGGUAGAAAUCUUUUCGGCGAUGACAGAGAUAGAAGAAUGAGAACUAACUACCACCACCAAAAUCAUCAUGCUUUGAAGUGUCCUCGUUGUGACUCCUUCAACACCAAAUUCUGCUACUACAACAACUACAACCUCUCUCAACCUCGUUACUUCUGCAAGAACUGCCGUCGAUACUGGACUAAAGGCGGCGUCCUUCGUAAUGUCCCCAUCGGCGGUGGUUCUCGCAAAUCAAAGCCCUCAAACAGCAAUAACUCAUCUUCCUCCACAACUCCACCAGCAACCACACGAAAAUCACCACCACCGGAAGACAACUCCAAUUCUCACUCCAGCAGUGAAAGCUCCACCUUCACCACCCCCACUGCCACCGCGGAGGCGAAGACUCCGAUAUCGAACGCUACAUCGAAGGUGUUUUCCGUUAACUCUGCUUCGAAGCCGGAACAAGUUGGUAGCUUCACCAGCCUUGUCCCUUCAACUUUAACAAACGACGCGUUUUCGUUUGGGUUUGGAAAUAAUGUUCUCGAUGCGUCGUCGUUUCGGUUCGGCGAUAGUCAUCAACGAGGGGAUGAUCAAGUACAUGUGGCACAGGGUGGAGACUCGUUGGGUAUAUGUCAGUGGCAGCAACAGAGCAGUUAUCAACGGACGUCGUUGCUGGAUCAUCAGCAGUUAGCAAAUGGAUUUGGACCGUUAGAUUGGCAAGGUGGUGCGGGUAAUUGUUUGUUUGAUGUUCGUGAUGUCGUUGAUCAGUCUUACUGGACACACCCUCACUGGUCUCAUCAUGUUAAUCCGUCUUCUCUCUUUCAUCUUCCCUGAAUAAGCAGUGACAAUUUUUUUUUUAACUUGAGAAAAUAGCAAAAUAGUAUUUUGCUUGGAAUCUAAACUAAAGUUUUUAAACAAAGUGAAAGAGAGCCUGGAGGCUUUUUGUAUAAUUAAUUAUUACAAGAUAUAAUGUAAUUUGCUUUUGUGGUGAUUAAGCUUGAACUUAAAAAUGUUGUUUCUUUU